UACAGGCUAAAGGCAGCAGCUGCAUACAGCAUCUCACAGAAGUAUUAAGUGAUCUUGACUCCUUAAAACUUGUCAUCUUUCUAAUAGUAAGUGAGGAUUCAGAAUGUGGAGCACUGGAACUAGUGUGCCCUGCCAAUUUCUUACGUGGUUUCUUCUAUCCUGUAUGUUGGUCAGUAAGUCAUUCAUGGAAGAGGACUUUGUCAUUACAACAAAGAAAGGCAAAGUCAUAGGGAUGCCCUUGCCAGUCCUCGGUGGUACCGUAAAAGCAUUUCUUGGAAUUCCUUAUGGAGAGCCACCUCUUGGUAGACUUCGAUUCAAAAAACCACAACCCCGAAACAGAUGGUCCGAUACUUGGGAUGCCACAAAUUAUUCCAAUUCUUGCUAUCAGAAUGUAGACCAAAGUUUCCCUGGAUUUCCUGGAUCAGAAAUGUGGAAUCCAAAUACUAAUCUUAGUGAAGACUGUUUGUACCUUAAUGUGUGGAUUCCUUCCCCCAAACCCAAAAACGCUACUGUCAUGGUAUGGAUCUAUGGGGGUGGCUUUCAGUCUGGAACGUCGUCUUUACAUGUGUAUGAUGGCAAGUUUUUGGCUCGGGUUGAAAGAGUCAUUGUAGUUUCAAUGAACUACAGAGUAGGUGCCCUGGGAUACUUGGCUUUACCAGGAAAUCCUGAUGCCCCUGGGAAUGUAGGAUUGUUUGAUCAGCAGUUAGCACUAAAGUGGGUCCAGGAAAAUAUAGCAGCCUUUGGUGGCAACCCGAAAAGUGUAACUCUCUUUGGAGAGAGUGCUGGGGCAGCUUCCGUCAACUUCCAUAUUCUUUCUCCAAAAAGUCAUCCACUCUUCACCAGAGCCAUUCUACAAAGUGGAUCGUCUAAUGCCCCCUGGGCUGCAAUAUCUCCCGCCGAGGCGAAGAACAGGACAUUGACUUUAGCCAAAUUUCUCCAUUGCUCCAGCGACAAUGAGACUCAACUGAUCAAAUGUCUUCAAGAUAAACACCCUCAGGAAAUCCUUGAAAAUGAAGUCUUGGUUCUGGAAUAUGAUUCUUUGCUAAAAAUGUACUUUUCUCCAACAGUGGAUGGUGAUUUUCUCACUGAGAUGCCAGACAUACUGAUCCAGAGGGGACAUUUUAAGCAGACGCAGAUUCUAGUGGGCGUGAACAAAGAUGAAGGGACAGCAUUUCUGGUAUAUGGGGCACCUGGUUUCAGCAAAGAUAAUGAAAGUAUGAUAAGUAAAAAAGAAUUUCAAGAAGGUUUAAAACUGUCUUUCCCGGGAGUAAGUGAACUUGGAUUGGAGUCGGUUUUCUUCCACUACACAGAUUGGGUGGAUGAGCAGAAACCAGAAAAUUACCGGGUCGCCAUGGGUGACAUCAUUGGCGAUUACAACAUCAUAUGUCCUGUGAUGGAGUUCAGCAAAAGGUUCUCAGAUUUUGGCAACAAUGUCUUUUUCUACUACUUUGAUCAUCGAUCCUCAAAGUUGGCUUGGCCAGAAUGGAUGGGAGUUAUGCAUGGCUAUGAAAUCGAGUUUGUAUUUGGAUUACCCCUGGAAAGAAGAGUUAAUUAUACUAAAGCAGAGGAAAUUCUAAGUAGAUCCAUUAUGAGAUACUGGGCAAGUUUUGCAAAAACCGGAAAUCCAAAUGGGACUCAGAGUAAUGGAACAAGAUGGCCAGUCUUCAAAAGUACAGAACAGAAGUACUUUACACUGAACACUGACUCACCCAAAAUAUACACCAAAUUACGUGCUCAGCAAUGCCGAUUCUGGAAAACAUUUUUUCCCAAAGUCUUGGAGAUGGCAGGAAACAUUGAUGAAGCAGAACAAGAGUGGAAGGCAGGAUUCCAUCGCUGGACCAAUUACAUGAUGGACUGGAAAAAUCAAUUUAAUGAUUACACUAGCAAAAAGGAAAGCUGUAGAGGUCUCUAAUUAAAAGGCUCACCCAUUCUAGGAUGUCCAUAUUACUGUUGAACCAGGCAAGCAUACCAUUACUUCUCUUACAUGCCUAGCAAGAAAGCAUUCUAUGUAAAUGAAAUCAAAUGCAGGAACACGUUAUUGAUUUCUCACAUCUCUUAGGCUGUAUUUUAUCUUAUAGAGCAAUAAACAAUGCCCAGAAAGUACUAAAUCAAAUUGUGGAAAUGAAAGCCUGUGGAUAAAUAAUGCAUCAUGAACAUCAGUUGCCUAAAAGCUUUGCUUCGUAGAAACAUUAUACAUAGAAAUUGAAAAUGAAAAUGCAGUUUUCAACAUUUAUGUCAGCCUUCAUAUCUAUAAUCUUGAAAACGACACAGAUUUUUUAGAACUCUCAAAACUGUAAACUUCAUCAUUUAAAUCAUUUCUUCAUUUACUUGAGAGUCUGUUAAUUUAUGUUAUCAUUUCCGUAUUGUCAUUGUGUUAAUGGAAACUACUGAAAGUUGCAAAUAACAUCUGGCUGUCUACACAAAGGGUUCCUUUCAGAAGACACAAUCUCCAUGCCAGAUGUUAACAAGUAAAUAAUUACAAUUACUGUAUAAGGAUAAGCUGCAACAAUGCAUCAGCUUUUCGUUUGAGAACGUUUGAUCAUCUUAGCUAACUUUCCCUUUCAUAAUUAUGAGAUGUUUACUAGAUGAUUAGUAAGCCAUUAUUAAAGGUCCUAAGCUUGUUCUUGCAUA